AUGACUUCUUUAACGCCGACCAAGGCUUGCGUGCCGUGUCGUCUCCGCAAGACCAAGUGCGACGCCGUGACGGCCGGCAUCCCGUGCGGGGGCUGUGUAAGUCGCAACUGCGCGGACAAGUGCACGAUUGUGACGCGGAAGCGGCGGAGAAGGCCGGGUGAGACCGUGGAUGGCACCGGUGCCGCCGCGUCGACGGUGGUGCUGUCUCGGCAACGUCUCAACACGACCACGGACACACCCCAAGCGCAGCCGCCGCCGCCGCCGCCGCCGCCGCCGCCGCCACCGCCGCCUACCGCGUCGCUUGCCUGGUCUCACAGCCCCGAGGGCUCGUCCCGACAGGCCGGAGCAGCAGCUGCAGCAGCAGCUGCAGCAGCCUCGGAUAAGCGCCCGCCGCAGUCGCAGCUUCACUACUUUCACAUCCUAAAGGAGGCCGUCGAUGACGGCGCGCUCGACGAGAAAGACGACAAGACCGGCACGCCGUUCGACCCAGAUGACGAUGCGCAGCCGUGGCACAAGGCCCCCCUGCUCGACGACGCCGACCGGGACUACCUAAACAAGAAGCGCGUGUUUGACCUGCCCCCGAAGCCCUGCAUCAUCACCUUCCUCGCCAGCUACUUUGCCACGCAAGACCCGUACUCGCCCGUCAUCGACAAGGCCGGCUUCGUGCGCGACUUCGAGGCCGGCACCGGCUCGCUCUUCCUUCUCUACGCGAUCCUCGCGGCGACCAGCAUCUACGUGCCCCGCGGGACCAUCAGCGCGUGCGGCUUCGCGGAUGCGGCCGAGGCGCAGGCCACGUUCGCCGCGAGGGCGACGGCGAUCCACGACGUGCAGGUGGAGAGCGACGCGCUGGCCUUUUUGCAGGGGUCGCUGCUGAUGACCAAGGUGCUGCCGGAGCAGGCGGUGGACAAGGACUUUAAUUACUGGUUCUACAAUGCCCUGCGCCUGGCGACCAAGCUUCAACUGUACAGCCAGGCGGAUGGCAAUGCUGGGCUGUACUCGAGGAUAGCCUGGGUUCUUUAUGGCCGCCAUGUGUUUCACCUCAUCUCGGAAUUCCGUAACGCGGCAUACCUGCAUGGCCUGCCUGUCAUGGAGGCCCCCAAGAUGAGUGACUGGCCCGCGGAAAAGAUCCCGCGAGAGUAUCAAGAGGUUGUGCCUCCCACCGCCGCCGCGGACAAGGCCUUGUUCCUCGCCACUUGCAAGCUCAGUGCCAUCUUCGGCGAGAUGCUGUCAAGCAUCGUCCAGGAACCGCGCGUUGACCUCGCGCAGCUGAUACGACCACUCGACCUCUGGCGCACCUCGCUCGCCGCGCAGCUGCAGCUCGGCCACCAGUCGCCAACCACGAGCAUCCACCACCUCGACCUGCUCGGCACCAGCUACCGCUACGAGGCGACCCUGUGCCGGCUGAUCCAGCGGCAGCUCCGGUCCGUCGACCCGCCGCGGAGCGGCGCGGCCAAGGCGCGACUCCGCUCCGCCAUGCUGGAGCUCGACGGCAUCACGGGCCGGCUCCUGGUCAACGGCAUGAUGGAAAAGGUCACCAUAUCACUGAUGACGACCGUGCCGGCCCUGCUCGCGCUGCACCUGGAGGCGGCCCUGGAUCCGGAGGAGUCGGCGCUGGUGCGCUCCAUGGCGCGCAUCUCCAUCACCAGGGCCAUGCUGGCGCUGGACCUGCUGCGGGAGGUGCCGGCGAUCAAGAAGGCGAUUCCGCUCUUCGAGCUGAUCCUCUCGCGCAAGGGACUCUACGACCGGCCGACCGCGGGACCGCGGCUGGAGUCGCCCAGCGGCGGAGACGGCGUGACGCAGCGGUCGCCGGCGGCGGAGCUGCAGGACGCGCCGGCGGGAGAGUCGUUUGAUCUCUUCCUUCAGGAGUUUCUGGAGGACGACGGUCUCGGGAAAUGGGACUUUGGACAGGUGGACUUUUCCCGCCUCGUCUAA